AUGCCGCGCUCAAGAUCGCAUGAGGCUGUGACGAGAGCAAGCAUGAUGAAUCUCCUGAAGCUGAGGGCGAACAUGACCGCAUGUUUAAUAAACAACGCAACUAGAGGUUGCACGCCAUUCUUUGCACCGCUGGAAGAUGAUGGAAAUCGAAAUUUGAGGUCGAGACUCACACAUUAUCAUUCCAAAGAGCUGGAAAUAAUCCGCAGUAUUCGGCAAAGUCUUGAAGCCGAUCAGCAGGCCUGGCCACAAUGUGCAAGCCACGUACAGCAAGAGCUAGGACAACUCAGCAGGGAAAUCGAAACGGACAAGGAAUUGGGAUGUUCGCCGCAAGACAUCCUGCUCAAAAAUAUUCGGCACAUGGUGAACCUGGUGGAGGAAAUCUCUGCAAAGUGUCAAACGGGAUGUGAAUGUAACUUCAUGCAUAGGCAUCGGACGGAUUUGCGAAGUCAGCUCCAGCUUAAAUGA